AAUUCAUUUACUUAAAUAUUGCUCUUUUGUUUAGCUAGCUUACAUGCAGAUUUAUAUGAACUCGCAUAAUCUGGAAAAACAAAUUUGUGGGAUAAUGGUUUAGCGUGUUGUACUUGAGAUAUAUGGAUAUAGUUAAUGACGAAUGUGAGCUGAAACUCAGUGGUGAAAAUGGCAGAACCUAUGAAAACUCCAUGGUAUAGUGUUAACCGUGAGCUUCUUGCGGUGAAAGUGAUAUACUUUACAUUCCUUGCAGCUGUUGGUGAUCUGUUGCCAUUUAUACCUGUAUACAUGAAACAGCUUGGACUGUCUUCCACCGAGACGGGAAUCAUAUAUGGGGUGAUGCCUUUUAUUGCCUUCUUUGUCCGUCCUUUAUUUGGUGCUGUUGCGGAUAAGUUACGUCGACACAAACUUGUACUGAUGAUCUGCACAUUUCUGACUGGUGUGCUAUACUGCCUGCUUUUGGUUACGCCUACGAAAACGUCAACGACCGAUAUUGAAAACAAAAUGAUGAUUAGAACACAAAUUCAGUGUAAUCCAAUAGACUCAUAUGUCGUCGAUUGUGAGAAAGUCAAGAAUGAGUCAGGUGUUAUUGUUCUUCAAAAUUGUGAUCAGAGUUUGAGGGCAUUCGCUAAACAGUUAACUGAUAAUUCUAGUCAAGUAAAUUGUACUAUGUCUUGCGGAUUGGGUAUUGGUACUAUGAAUCUGUAUGCUUGCUUCACGCAGGACGUAACUCCUAGCAAUGAUGAGACGUGUGUAGACAGAUGGAAUGAUACGGGAGAGGGUGCGAAUUUUGAAUUUUCUGUAAACGAUUUGUUCGAAAUAAUAAGAAAUGAAGUUGGAAAGCCAGGUGUUGUGUAUAAUGGGCAGACGUGUGGAAACUAUGAUCUCAAAAAUAUAUUUUACAAUGGACGGAAUUUCUGGCAGUUUACAUGUAAUUCUGAAGCAGUGUUUGACUGUAAAGUGACAUGUAGUGAAGACCUCCACAAAAAGUGUUUGACAGUAACAAAUAACAAGCUUAGUAAGACGUUUUGGAUAUUUUUUGUGAUAUUUUUGUUCUGCAAUAUAUUUUUCUCUCCGGUGUUGAGUCUAGUUGAUGCGAUUGCAUAUGAUAUCCUUGGUGACAAACGCGGCCGUUGGGGCAAGCAAAGACUAUGGGGAAGUAUUGGGUUUGCACUGUUUGCGAUAACGUCGACAUACAUCAUGGACGCACUUAGCAAAUCAAACAAAACAGUCAACUACACAGUGUCAUUCUACAUAUUUUUAGCUUUAACAACGAUAUCUACAUUCGUGACAUAUUUCAUAAAAUGUUCAGAAUCCAUUCACUGCCGACAGAUGUUCCAGCAUAUUACAUCCCUGAUAAAGUAUCCCAAAAUUAUUGUGUUUUUACUUGUGAUCACAGUAUUUGGCGUGUUCAAUGGGGUAAUUGAGGCAUUCCUAUUCUGGUACUUGCAAGAUUUAGGCAGCACGCAAAUAAUUCUUGGGCUAUGUCUAGUCUUCAGCUGUACGCCAGAGAUUGUGAUGCUGCUCUUCGCCGGGAAGAUAAUAAAAAAAUUAGGGCAUGUGCCAUGUUUAUAUUUAGCACUGGGUGCUUAUUCACUGAGAUUUUUCUGCUACUCAUUCCUGACUAAUGCUUGGUAUGUGUUGCCGAUAGAACUGUUACAUUCACUGACAUUCGCACUGAUGUACGCAGCAGCUUCAUCUUACGCCAGUAUAAUUACUCCAGAGGGUAUGUCUGCCACAGUGCAAGGACUUGUGGGUGGACUGCAUUUCGGAUUUGGUAAAGGUAUUGGCAGUCUGAUAACUGGUAAACUUUUUGACCCUGUGUCAGGUCUUGGUGAGGUGUGGACGUUUAGGUUUUACGGUUUCUUUGCCCUGUUUGUGCUGGUUGUCUACGCCUCGGUACAGUGCCUUUGCUUCAGGGAACCUACGGAGGCAGUCCCUAAAUCUACAGCCGGGAACCAUGUAACUGAUGAAGAUGAGGAAAUGGGCAAAGCUGAAGACCAACUGCUUGGGACCAACACCGUCAAUAAUGAAAAUGCUGAACUGUAAAUAAGCUGGGAACCAGAUUUUGUAAAGUGGAGGGAUAUAGGAACCAGAAUUGAUGAGGACCAACUACUUGGAACUAGCACUGUUGACCGGCCUGUUCAGCUCAUAGCUAGAAGACUGUCAACCGAGAGGUUAUAGGUUUAAUCCUGGACAAGGGAUAUAUUUUAUCUGAUAACCAGAUAUAGUAUGUCUAAGGUCAUUCUGGCUCUACCUCUAUCUCAUGAGGGGAAGUUGUCUGCUACUUGAAGAGAAUACUAAGUUAUUACUGGUACAGAAUUCAAAAACACUCCUUAGCUUUAAUUGACCACCGUAAAACUAAAUACUGUCAAAUAAAAAGCUGUCAAACCAAGAAAAAACAAGUCAGUUUUGGCAAUGCUGGAUUGAAAAUUGAUUUGAAUAUUUAAGUACUCCUGGCAGAGGUGCAAAAUGAAAUAGAGAAGUACUGCAAAACUGUACAUGAUGUAUGGGCCUCCACCUAAUGUAAAUAUUUAUUUCGAAAGCAAAGGUCAUCAGUCAUCAUCGUCAGUGAUUGCCUUGCUCUAACAAGAUUAUACCCACAAUUCAAGAAGUUACAAUAGCAUUUUAUACAGGACGUUAACUGCAGAUUUAGAAACACUAAUGUAAAUUAAAGGAAAGAGAUGAAUAAAUUAUGCAUAUAAUAAAUAGAAUAAUAUUUGCAUAGUGCAUAGUUUAUUUCCUCUAAUAUUCAUUAAUUGUGCAGCUGCAAAGUUUAAAAUAAUGAUUUAUAUUACCUAGUAGUAUCCUGUAAAGACCUGCUUCUUGACUGUCUGGAAUUAUUAAAGAUGCCAAUAAAUGAUGCAGACUAUUUAAAUAUGAUAUAAAAAAAAUUAUGCCCCAGAAGGGAGGCAUAUUUGUUUUCGACUGUCCAUCCAUUUGUUAGUUCAUUCGUCACAACGUUAACUUUUUGCAUGAAGGCACUUUACUCGCGAACCACUGCACCCAGGACCUUCAAACUUCACAUACUGAUAGUACUUAUUGAGUACAUGACCCCUACUGACAUUUGGGUCACCAGGUCAAAGAUCAAGGCGCUGCGGGGGCAUUUGUCACCUUUAGUGACAGCUCUUGUUUCCUUCUGCUGUCUGUUACACCGGUAAAACGAGAUCUCAUUCAGUUCCCACGUGAUGUUGGCAAGAAUUGCUCUAUAUGCCUGUUAAGUUGCGGAUCUAUUUAUUUUUAUUGCUCUUUGAUCUGCAGUAGGGAAAUUUGAAACUUUAAAUUGAUGUAAUGUAAAUAUUGAUAGACGUGUAUUGUGUUCUUUUUUUUGUUUUUGGUGAACAUUUUUUAAGAAAUAUGUUUCAUCAUACCUUGGUCUUUAAUGGGAGUAUUCAAUUGCAAUUUCCUUAUUUGAACUGCUGUUCUAAUGUUUAAAUCUGAAAAUUGUACCUUUGCAAAUAUUUCAAGGGUGUCUUUGUAGCAAGUUUGUCUCUUAAGACACAAAAUAUUUGUCAUGUUAUUACUUAUGUUUAGGACAGUAAAUUUAUUUUGGUAAGAAAAUCUUAGUAAAGUUUUCAUGAUAUUUUUGUUUACACUUUUGACAUCAUGAUAUACGGUAGUUCAUACAGUUAUAAUUUAUAUUUUCUUAUGCUGAAAAGCUGAUAUAUGUACAUAUGUAUACACAUGCAGAAGAAAAUUGAAUUGACGAGACAAUCCCUUUUUACAUGAGAACUUUAAUCGCAAGUCGUUUUUGCUAAAAUUGAUAUGUGUUUUAUAUUUUUAUAGACCAUGACACAAAUUUAUUGAGGAGGCAAUGUAAGUUUUGAAAGGAGGGGUAUAGCUGGUGUUGUUGACAUUUGAUUUGGUUCAUGUUUUUAUCAAGCUACAGUUACUUAGCAUUAGGUGAUUCUUCAACUUUGUUGCGCUCAAACCCAAUAUUUCAGAGAUGCAGAUGUUAAAUUAUAUGCAGACAGGGAAAAUGAACUUUAUUUGGGGAAAUUAAGAAUUAUUUCUUUCAUUUCUAAUGACAUAUUUCAGAAUUACGCCCAUAGCUGCAGUACGUGUGAUAAAGUUAUUAUAACUGAUAGGGAUCAUGUAUAAUAAAAAUGUCACUUUCAGAGGAACAGUUUUGGUAGGGAGAAGUUUAGGGAGUCUUCAACUAGGGAUUGCCUCACACACUAAAAGUCUUAUAUUUAUAUUUUGAGGGGAGUGUGCUACUGCAUGUGUUGUUCAGGUUAAUCUAAGAUUUUUGAUAUUUCAAUAUUUUUUUUGUGUGUGUGAUAUUUUUAAAGAAGUACAGUUGCACUAGAGAAAGCCUCCGUGUCUGAGUGGAUAAUGUCACUUGCCCCUCACUGAUGUGGGUUCGAGCCUCACCCAGGGUGUUAAAUUCUUUAUGUUAGGAAGCCAUCCAGCUGGCUUGCAGAAGGUCAAUGGUUCAUGUACAGAGGGAUAUCUGGGGUCUUUCUGCACCACCAAGUCUGAAAAGUCGCCAGAGACCUAUAAUUGUGUUGGUGCAAUGUCAAACCAAACAAAAACAGUUGGACUAUUGAUUUACUGAUAUACUGUAGUAAAAAAGGGAUUGCAUGUAAUUUGUAUUGUUUUCUUUAUACAUGACUGAAUUUUAUAUUUAUCCAAUCUAUUUUGUUUAAAAGUAUUAUUGUAUUUUUGAUACUCCUUAUGAAAACCAAGGACAGUUUUAUUGAUUUUUAACUGUCCUGAAUUGUUUAUUUUUAUUAUUGAAGAGAGUCUUUAUACAAACUGCCAUUAGAGGAUUUGUUGUCAGCAGAUGCACAUUUAAUUCUGACCAUGUGAUUCUGUAAUUUGCUGUUAAAUUAUAACGUAAAGGUUCUUUGAUAAUAAUACCUGGUGUACUUUUAUUUUGAGUUACUGGUGCAUGCUGAAAUUAAGGUUUUUUUUUCCCUUUGGCAUGCAAUUAGAUAUUAAAUGUGCAUUAUAUCAAAUGUACAUACAUGUGUGAACAGUUAGAAAUCUACAGUUCAUGACAUUUGAUGUACAUGUGUGAACAAUGAGAAAUUUAUAGCACAUGACAUGGAAUGUACACAUGUGUGAACAAUUAAAAAUUUAUAGUUCAUGACAUUGGAUGUACAUGUGCACACAAUUAGAAAUUAAUUGGGCAUUACAUUGAAUGUGCGUGUAACAUUGUACACAGUUAGAAAUUGAAAUUCCUGACAUUUUAUAUGCAUGUGUACACAAUUAAAAUUCAGUAGCUCAUGGCAUUGAAGGUACACAUGACAUUGUACAGAAUGAUUAAAAUUCAUGACAUUUAUAUUCAUGUAUACACAAUUAGAAAUUGAAUCUUUGACCAAGCCAUCAUGGGAGGACAUAAGUGUUUUACAAACAGCUCUUGUCCUGAAACAUGGUCAGAAUGUUUGUCUUGAUGAAACUUAGGUGAAGUUUGAAACUGUUUUAUUUUUUUUGUUAAAAGCUAGCCACUUGAUCAGGUCAUUGAACACAUUUGUAAACACUUGAGGAAGCCAGAAUUUCUACCUGAUCUAAAUGAAACUUGGACAGAUAGUAUGGUCAAGUCUGAAACUGGAUCAUCUGGAGUCAAAAACUAGGUGACCAGGUUACUGUAAAAGCAGAAAUUUUCGCAAGGGUUUAAUUUUUUUCCUACAUUCACAAGGUCCUACAUCUCAGGGAAAAUAAUCCCCACAUAAAUAUUUACCAUUGGUAUAAUUCAAAUUAAAGUAGGUUACCAUUUUAGCAAUUUUUCGAAUAUUAAACCUAUAUUGAAUAUACUCAAAAUUUCAAAUUCCCAAAAUUUUGACCCUGCGAAAAUAUGUGCUUUUACAGUAUAUCAUAGAAUUAUGUCCUAACAUACAAGAGGCUACAUUUUGUACCUGUUUUAGUUAAAAUUGAUCUAAAUAUUUGUCUUGAGUCAAGACCAAUUCUAAACUUUGUUGUAUGCGGUUUUCACGGUAACUUUUCCUGAAUGUAAACUUGUAUCCUAGUACCCAUUUUUAGGAAUGGAUAGAAACUUCAGGCACAUGUUCACUGUGUUUAUCUGAAUCUAGAGUUGCAUAACUCUGUUUUUCCUUUUUAACAAAGCCAGGGUAUUUAUGACUUGCCGGUACUUGUAUUUUUGUCUCAGCUGGUUUCUUAUUUUAAAAUCAUAAGACUUUUUGCUUGCAUUUAUAGCACAGUUUUUGUUGUUUAUCAUGUCUUGCUGUCCUUAUAAGUAGCACUUGUUUAUUCUUUCUCUUUAUAGGUUGUUCAUAUUGUUAGAAACAUUGUCUGGUAGUUGUUAUACUUUUAUAGCAUGCCCUUUGAUGAAAUAUUUACCGAAUUUGUUUGCAUUUAUAAUAUCUUUCAUAAUUUAAUGUUUUGCUCUGUGCACAAAGAGGAUGUGUGUUGUUUUAAUCUAACUGUUGGUUGGUCUGACUUUUGUUAGUUGUUAAGUCUGUAGACCAUUUGGUGUCCAAUCAAUAACUAGAGAGCGCUCUAGAUUACAGGUGUCAGAUUUCAUAGAAUGAUUGCAAGAGACAAGUAAAUGACUGCUUUAAGGGUCAGUAGGUCAAAGGUCAAGGUCACACUGAUAUCGAUGCUGAAAACAGUUUCUGUUCAAUAACUAAAACUCCCAUUGUCUUACUGUUUUCAAGCUUCACCAGUUGAUUGCCUGUGGUCAAUAGUUGACCCUUAUUGUUUUACGGCUCAGUAGGUCAAAGGUCAAAGUCAGGAUGAGCUGAAAACUGGAAACAUUGUCUAGUCAAUAUCUGGAGCUUCUUUUCGGCUUAUGACCAUCCAUUUUCAUUAGAUUAUUGCUUGUGGACAGUAGAUGAUCUCAGUAGGUUUUGAGAUUAUUUAUACUCCUGUCACGGGCUACAAAAUUUCUUACCCAGUUUCCUCCCACAGGCCAUCAUGUGGGCAUAUGUAUUUCACAGUCAGUUCUUGUUUAUAAAUAUUCAAAUACAACAAUAAUUCUAUAUAUGCACUGUAUCCAUUUUAAGACAUGAAAUAUACAAUUUUGAAUUCCU